UUACGUGUUUUACUGGAAGAGGUCGGUUCAUGCGCAAAGUCGCUUGCAUCUUUUGCAAACAUAUUUAAUGCCUUAUGAACCCCGAAGUUGGUCGUGUGCAGCAUUGAGUUGCGGGCUGAUUCGCAUUUUUGGAAAAUCGAGGUGUAAUCAUGUCUUCAGGUAAAAAGGGGAAGAAAAGUAAGGGAAAGACGUUAGCGUUAACGGACUUUUUGGCCGAAACCCCUGGUGGUAUUCCAAGUGUGCCCCUGAAGGCCUCAAACUGGGCUGAUGAUGUUGAAGAUGACUAUGGUGGAGGAUAUUCAUCAAGAAGCAGUAAGGAGCCUGUUGUUCUACCAACUGCUCCAAGAGCUGCACGUGGUCCUGGUAUCAAUGAAGAAAAUAUUCCAACAAACCCUCCUUAUGUAGCAUACAUCUCUAAUUUGCCCUAUGAUGUAGAUGAAGAGGAUCUUGCUGAAUUUUUUGCCGAUAUGCAGGUAUCCAAUAUGCGUCUCCCAAAAGAUUCCAAUAAACUUCGGGGCUAUGGAUAUGUUGAAUUUGAUGAUCGUCAAAGCUUAAUAGAUGCACUCUCCAUGCCAAAUACUACUAUCAAGACUAGACGUGUCCGCAUCGAAGUUUCAAACAGCAGUAAUGAUGAGCGUCGUGGUGGGCGUAUGGGUCGCGAUAAUCGCAGAGAUAAUUAUGAUGACCCUGAUCGUACAUCUGGAGAUUGGCGAAGUGGGCCUCGCGAAGAGAUUUCUUCUUCCGACGGUGAUCGUUUCCGUAGUCGUGGUGGUUUUGAGAAUCGCGACAGAAGAGAUGACCGAGAGAAGCCCGAUUAUGAUAACAAACCAGGUGGUUGGCGGGAGGGUGGUGAUAGAGGAGGUUCUGCAUUUAGAGACAGGGGUGGUUUCCGUGACGAGGAUAGAGAAAGGGACUGGCCCCGCUAUGGUGAUCGAGAUGGCGAUAGGGACAAAGACAGAGGAAGUAGUUUUGGACCACGUCGUAAUUUUGGAGAUUCCGAUUGGGACAGAGAUGGUCCACGUAGGCAAGCUCGACCAUCAACUAUGGAUUCCACUCAAGGGGAACCACGAACAAGACCCAAACUACAGCUACAGCCACGUACUAAGCCUGUGGAGCCAAUUCUUGUAAAAGACGAACCUACUGAAGCCGAAGCUGAAGCUGAGUCAGCACCAUCAUCUACAUCUACAUCUGCACAAGCACCAGCUCCGACACCAGUGCCGGCAGUAAACAUAUUCGGUGCAGCUAAACCGGUAGACACUACUGCCAGGGAGAGAGAAAUUGAAGAACGUCUUGCUAAGACUUAUGCAGAAUCGAAAUCUAAGGAUGAAGGGGAUGCAGAUAAACGCAGCACAAAGGAGGGUACCUGGGGACGACGUAAUGGGGAGGGACGUGAGGAUAGAGACCGAGGUCGGCCGACUUGGAGAUCAGAUGAAGACAGGGGGCGACAAGCUGAACGAUCUGGACCACGUCCAGCUACUUCAGCACGUUCUGGUCAACGUGGAGAUUCUAGAGGUCCACCAACUUCUCGAGGUGGUCCUGCACGAGCGGGUCAGAAAUCAAGUGACUCCCGUGCGCCUCCUGAGAGGGAGAGAAGAGAGAAGGACCGCGACGAUGAUGUCAAUAGAAUGCCCAAGGCCAAGGAUGAACAAGCUCCGAACUUCAUAGCUUCCAACAAGUAUUCCAUGCUCCCUGAUGAUGUGGACCCAGACAAUAUUGAUGAUUAGUCUCGCUCAUUAUAAUUUAUAUCAUCGAUUAAAUUGUGCCACAUGUAUCAUGAUUGGUAUACAUAUGCAUAUUAAUAAUUUGGGUAACCUCCAUCAAAUACUUGGCCAAUUGAUUAAUGAGCUGGGCUGCACCUGCCUAGUAUUGCAUUACUGGAGUUAUUGUUGAUUUGUAUUUAAUCUAUUUUAUUAUUCCUUAAUAUAAUUAUUACCUACCAGUCUAUUCUAUCUUGUAAAUCGAUAAUAACAUUCGAUAUAACUGCAUCAGCAUAACGUCAAAUCUGCUCAUUUUUAAACAUGCGAUUAUGUUGAUCACGAUAUGUAAAUCAAUGGGCAGUUGUUUUAGCAACACUUAGGAAUUGGGACUUUAUACUUUAUACUUGAAUACCUUAUCGAAUGUACAGUUGCUUUGAGGAUAUUGUACAAUAUAUGACACGUAUACAUGUAAUAUAACAAAGCUGCUAUAGAAGAAAAAAAUUGAAAUGACAAAUAUACAGACACUUAAAGAAAAAA